CACACACACAGGCUUCCUCCCGACUCCGCGGUCCCAGCAGCGGCCCACGAGCGCGGGCUCGCGGCAGAGUCCUUCGCGCUAAAUCCGCCCCCCCCCUUCCUUUCCCCGCCUCCCGCAGCCGAAAGCCCCGGGCUUAAUCCUGGUCUGACUCGGGAUCGCGGCCCGCGGAAGGCCUGACGCCCACGGCCCGGGGGGCGUCUCCGCGCCAACAGCAAUAGCCCGGGAACCCGAAACUCCUCGGAGCGCCCCGGCGGCUCCUCCCGCUCGCCGCUCCCCCCAAUCCCGGACCGCGUCCGGGGCGGUGCCCUCGCGGCGGCUGGCAGAGGAGGGGGCCCCUCGGAGGGUAAGUGAAGCCGCCCGCGCGGCCCUUUGCGCGCGGCUAACCCAUGGCUGCGGCUGCCUGCCGGCUCCGCGGCCUGAUGCCGGCCGCGACUCUGCGGGCGUGUAGCCGGCCGCCUCUUCCGGGGAGUCUCUGGAAGCGGCAACUUCCAGCUGUGGGUUUUCCAGCACUUCAGUUGCACAUGACAAAUAUGGCUCUGAGAGCUAGUCAAGAAGACUUUGAAAGAGCCAAGGGGCAAAUAAAGCUCUUGAAGGAGGAUCCAGGAAAUGAAGUGAAGUUAAAACUCUAUGCGCUGUUUAAACAGGCUACUGAGGGGCCGUGUACCUCACCAAAACCUGGGAUGCUUGACUUUGUCAACAAGGCAAAAUGGGAUGCGUGGAAUGCUCUUGGCAGCUUGUCUAAGGACACUGCCAGACAAAAUUAUGUGGAUUUAGUAGCAAGUCUGGUUUCUUCUCAAUCCUUAAGCCAAGAGACUUCUAUUGAUAAGAAAUCUGAAUAUGAAACCCUAGUAGUCACAAGGGAAGACAAUAUUACAAAGAUCAUGUUAAACCGCCCAGCCAAGAAAAAUGCUAUUAAUAAUAAGAUGUAUAAUGAAAUUAUGCUAGCCCUAGAAGCUGCGGACAAGGAUGACUCGUCCCUAACCGUUCUCACAGGAAAUGGUGAUUAUUACUCCAGUGGGAAUGACUUGAGUGAAGCUGCAAAAGUUCCACCAGACGACAUUGAAAAGAAAAUUAAAGAAAGCUUUGUGUUACUAAGGACAUUUGUUGAUCAUUUUAUAGAUUUCUCCAAGCCCUUAGUUGCUGUAGUAAAUGGUCCAGCUGUAGGAAUCUCAGUUACACUUCUUGGGCUAUGUGACAUCGUAUAUGCAACUGACAGGGCAACAUUUCACACACCAUUUAUUCAGCUGGGCCAGAGUCCAGAGGCAUGCUCCUCUUAUACCUUUCCAAAGAUAAUGGGUCCAAUCAAGGCAGCUGAGAUGCUUAUUUUUGGAAGGAAGUUGACUGCCCAAGAAGCUUAUGCUCAAGGACUUAUUACUGAAGUUUUUCCUGAUAGCACUUUUCAGAGAGAAGUUUGGACCAGGUUGAAGGCAUAUGCGCAACUGCCCCCAAAGGCUAUGAUGUUUUCAAAACAGCUAAUUCGAAGUUUUGAAAAAGAGACACUGCACAAAGUUAAUUUUGAAGAAUGUACUUUACUUUGUGAAAGAUGGGUCUCUGAUGAAUUCAUGAAUGCCGUUGUAAACUUCAUUAAUAGAAAGUCAAAACUCUGAAGAUUUUGAAAAUGAAGAUCAAACAUUUCUGAAGCCAAAAUUAAUCUUCUCUUUUUAAGAUAGACUAAACUCAGGAUGCCUUUUGUCAUUAUCAAGCUACUGUUCUGAUGACUAUAUUUUGCUGUGGAGCCACAUAAUCAUGUUAAGUGGCCUUCAGAAGUGCAUUUCUGCAAAUUCUUAUACUUUUGUUUUUUGACAUGAAUUUAUGGAACCAAUAACACCGUAUGUUUCUGCCUGACAUAUCAGUAGAAAAAGCAGACACUGCUCUACAAGCUGAAAUUAUGUUCUCAUAUAUAAUUAGAGCACUUUGUUUUCCCAAAGUAGUCAUUGAUUCAAUAGGCCCAAAUACUGACAUCUCUUCAGUAACUGAUUCUUGAUUCAAUGGUGGUUUUGUACUUCUUCUCAGCCAUCUAACAUAAUGAAAGGAGAAAAUGUUACCAAAAAAUUUAGCUUAGCUAUACUCAUUCAUAGUGUAAUAAAGAUAAUAAAAGAAAAACCAGUCCCUGUGAUUAAUAACAAUUAUCUUAUUUAAUACAUGGUGCUUACUAUAUCCUAUUUGAUUUUGGUAAUAUGAAUAAGGUCCCUGAAAGAUGCUUUUGUUUUCUGUCCAACUACCUGCUUGCAUUUACUACAAGAUAAAGACUAGAUAUGGGAACUCUGCCUCUGGAAAUAAUUCAUAGAUAAUUUUGGCAUCUGAAUCACAGAAUCUCAGAAUUAAAGGGACUUCAAGGCAUCUGAUCCAGGCAUAGAGGGAGGCAAAACCAUCAUGACAGAGUAACAGGGAUCAGUGCAGCAAGCUGCCCCUCCCCACAAAACUUCUCCAGACAGAUCUAGAAAAUGCACCACAUAGAACCCUAAUGGGGAAAUAUAAGAAAAGGUCAUGGUGAGUCAUUUUUCUAGCUGGAAACAGAAUUGUGGAUACUAGGAACAAGUAAAGCCAGAGGCAGCUGGCUGCCCUCCAACACACACAGAGGCUGUGCACUGACAAGAAAAGACCUAAGAAAUAUACUGAGGCAACACAGGAUUUAGGAAUGGGUGCCAACUAGCAGUUUUGCCAGUCCUCAGUUCUGGAUUGUCCAUUUAAGGGGCUCUGCACCCAGAGUUGGUAUUCUCUGAUGUGGAACAGCAAUAGUCCCUAGCCUGAGAAAAACGAAUCCAGAAGCCAACAGCAGCAGUUGUGACUAACCCCAGGAGAAAAAUAGGGUUUCAGUUCUAACUUAUAGCCUAGUCUGAAGCCAAAAGAGAAAGAGCCAGGGCAGAAAUUAGACCAAAGAGCAGUCUACAAUUCUGUGCAUCAGAAGUAGCAGAACUUCCUAACUGAUGGUGGCAGUUUACUCUUAUUCCCAGGUAAGGAAUCUAAAGAGCUUAAACCAGUGAAUUAGCACUUUGUGAAUUUGUCCUUUGUGAUUUUGUCCUGAAUCAGACCAUUUUGGGAGCACUGAAAGCUUAUAGGCUCUCAACCUCAGCUGUCUCAGAGAUCCUAGAAUAAUACAAUGUUCAAUACUCCAAAAAGACUACAAGACCAGAUGAGAUUUUUCUUCCAGAAGGAACUAAACCUAAUAAGUAAAGUUCAGAAGAAGUAGGCUAGAAAAAUGAACAAGAAAAAAAAUAUCCCUCCAUAAAAAGCUAUGAUGAGAAGUCUACCCAAGACAGAAAAAAAAAAUCUUAAAGAGAAUUACUUCAAACCAUCUACAAGCAAAGAAAAACAGAUUGGGCACAACUUCAACUAGAAUUCCUGGAAGAGAUGAAGCAAGUAUGUUUUAAAAGAGUUCUAGAAUUUUUUUAAUGAAUGAAAUGAGAGGACUAGAGGGGAAUGAUGGGGAAAAAAUAAGUUGUGGAAAAUUUGGAAAGGGAAUUAAUAGCUUGGCACAAAAGGUAAAAACCUUACCCAAAGCAACAAAUUUCCUGAAAAUGAAUUGAACCAAAUAGAAGCCACUAACUAUGAGACACCAAAAAAAAUUAAAGUCAAAAAAUUGGAAAAAUAGGAAAUAUAUAAGCAAAAAACAACUUAGAAAACAGAUGAAGGAAAAUGUAAUUUAAGAAAUGCUAGACUACAUGAACACUAUGACAAACAACAACAAAAAUCUAGACAUCGUGUUCAAGAAAUUUUAAAAGAAAACUGCCCAGAUCUUCUAGAAUCAGAGGAUAAAGAAAUAGACUACUGGUCACCUCCUGGGGGAAAGAAAAGGACAUUUCCAGGAAUGUUGUAGCCAAAAUCCAGAGCUUCCACAUCUAACUAAAUAUUGUGACCUGUUAAAAAGAAAGAAUUCAUAUACCAAGGAGUGAGUCACAUUCAGCAUCACACAUAAUUUAGUAGUCACCACACUUAAAGAACAAAGAGCUUGGAAUGCAAUAUUACAGAAGCAAAGGAUAUAGGUUUACAAUCCAAAAUUUAUCCAGCAAAACCCAGGGGAAAAUGUAUCUUUAAUGAUCUUUAAUAAUGGACAAUCCAUUAAUGACAAUCCAUUAUCUUCAGACCCAAUCAUCCCUUCUCUUCUGCUUUUGGAUA